AUGUCCAAUCACGCCAACGGCCUGAAGCCUGUGUUCCCAGAGAAUGCAGCCUCCAAAGACUAUGCUGCAUCUUUAGACGCUGCAGAUCCGUUGGCCGCCUUCCGUCACAAGUUCAUUGUCCCCUCAAAGGCCAAUAUCGCUUCUAACAAGCUCGCAAAGCCCAACCUAUCAAGUGACCCUUGUAUUUACUUUUGCGGCAACUCCCUUGGAAUCCAGCCCAAAGCCGCUUCGAGAUAUUUAGAAGCACAACUAAACACAUGGUCAUCAAUUGGGGUCAACGGCCAUUUCACAAAAAUCGAAGACUCUCCCCUCGAGCCAUGGCAAUUGCUCGCUGAUCAAGCAGCAAGCUCGAUGUGUAAGCUGGUUGGAGCGGCACCAGAGGAAGUCACGGCAAUGGCCACUCUCACGGCAAACCUGCAUAUGUUAAUGGCAAGCUUCUAUAAGCCCACGGCCACUAAGCACAAGAUCCUGCUCGAUUGGAAGGCAUUUCCUAGCGAUCAUUACGCCAUCGAAUCUCAUAUUGGUUGGCAUGAACUCGAUCCGGAGCAGUCUAUGGUGCUCAUUGGCCCAGACGAUGGGGAGUACAAGAUCUCCACAGAAAAGAUCCUCUCAUACAUCGAUCAGCAUGCCGAGGAGGCAGCUAUGCUCCUCCUCCCGGGCAUUCAGUACUACACCGGACAGCUAUUUGACAUCAAAACAAUCACCCAGUACGCACAGUCAAAAGGCCUUGUCGUCGGAUGGGACCUCGCCCAUGCAUACGCAAAUGUCGAGCUGAAGCUCCACGACUGGAACGUAGAUUUCGCAGCAUGGUGUACUUACAAGUACGGAAAUGCCGGGCCAGGGGCCAUGGGCGGUCUAUUUGUUCAUGAGAAGCAUGGAAGCGUCGAUUAUAGCCAAGGAGAGGAUUCUCCGCAAUUCCGACACAGGUUGACGGGGUGGUAUGGCGGUGACAGAUCCGUCAGAUUCAAAAUGGAUAACAAGUUCAAGCCUACACCCGGCGCGGGAGGAUUUCAGCUCUCAAACCCAUCAGCCAUUGACCUAGCUUGUCUCUGUGCCUCAUUAUCCGUAUUCGACGAAACAUCAAUGGCCGAGCUGCGCCGCAAAUCCGUCCAGUUAACAGGGUAUCUCGAGUAUCUCUUAUUAAAAGACACAACAGACGACACUCGUCCGUUCCGCAUCAUCACCCCGUCAGAUCCUGAAGAAAGAGGCGCGCAGCUGAGCCUUCUUCUCAAGCCUGGUUUGCUGCAAAAGGUCGCCAGUAGAUUGCAAGAGGCUGCGAUUGUUUGCGAUAAGCGGGAGCCCGGUGUGGUGCGUGUUGCUCCGGCUCCACUAUACAACACUUUCUCUGAGGUGUGGUUGUUUGUGAAACAGUUCCGAGCUGCAUUGAGUGACUAG